AUGGCUCCAAAGAACCUCUUUCGUUUUGGCAGCGACCUUUGGGAUCCAUCCAGCCGCUUCGCGACCAGUUGGCUCUUGAAUCCCUGGCUUCUCUUUGCCGCGCGCGCGCUCAUCAGUCUUUACGCCUUCGUUACGCGAUUCUUCAUCAUCGGCUGGCAAUGUACGCACGAGGAACUCGGCGGGUGUAGGGACGUGGAGCGGUCGUUUAGCUACUUCACCAUCCUCACGUACUGGGGCAUCGCCUUCUAUUUCGCCGUCGCGGCGCUGCACACCGUCACGUAUGCCAUCCGAGGCCGAUCGCUGCUUGAUAGUUUUCCUCGACCGUUGCAGGCGCUUCAUUCUUUAUUCUACUCGACUGUCGUUACAUAUCCGUUCCUCGUCACGAUUGUAUACUGGGUUGUUUUGUAUAAGGGGCCUUGGUUUCCCUCGGAGUUCAAUGCCUGGAGCAAUGUCAGCCAGCACGGCUUGAACAGUCUAUUCGCUCUUUUCGAAAUCUUUAUUCCUCGAACGAACCCUCCACCGUGGAUUCAUAUUGUGUGGUUGAUCUUCAUCCUCGCUCUCUACCUCGGCCUGGCCUACCUCACGGCUGCGACCCAGGGUUUCUAUGUAUAUAACUUCCUCGACCACAAUGAUGUUGGCGGACGGGGCAUUGUUGCAGGAUAUAUCUUUGGCAUAUUGGUCGCCAUUAUCAUCAUCUUCUGUCUUGUCUGGUGUAUCAUCUGGGUCCGCCGCUGGCUGACGGAGACUAAGCUCGGUAUGGACGGCAAGUUUGCCAGUCAGCCCGCGGAUACCAAUGAUGUUGAGUUGGCUUCUGGCAACAAGUACGCCGCUGGAGAAAGGCACGAGGCCCAGGAGAGGGUCUACUGA